AUGGCUGGACCCUCAAACAAGUCUGAUGAGAUACUGGCUGCGCUCCGAGACUUUACCCAGUACUACCCGGAUGAUAAGGCGGGUAUCAUCAUGACGGCCGAACUUACACAGUUGGGAGCGAUCGAUAUAUGGCUGAUGUUCCUCUUCUAUGAUGGACCAAGUCCGCCCGCGGGUGUUUUCGACAACUUCACGCGCAUAGCACAUGUGUCGGACAACACAAAAACUCGGAGCUACUCAGAGCUACUCACCUUCAACAACUUUGGAGUGAUAAAAACAGAGAUCUACACAAUCGCGACGGAGAUGAUUCCACUCCCAAGCGUUGAAGUGGGCGCCGACUUCCUGGGGGCCAUCUAUGAUAACUGGAGAAACACGACCGAGUCUGUGAUUGACGCAGCGGGGGUAAUCGGAAGCAUCGCCUUCCAGCCAAUCCCAAAGAGGCUUGCUCGCAAAGCGAAGGAGGCCGGUGGAGACAUGCUCGACCUGGACGACGACAUCGACCGCAUCAUCCUCGAAUUCGAUCUGUCUUGGUUGUCCACGCUUGACAGCGAGAGGAUGGAUGUGGCUACGCAGCAGUUCUACUCGGGUUCCAGGAACUUGGUUGAACAGUAUCAGGCAAGCGGGAAGCUGCCUGCAGAAGCGUACCUGCCGCUCUUUGCGAACGAUGCCUAUUAUCGGCAAGAUUAUUUUGGAAGGCUAAGGACUGCGGAUUUUGCGCGAACAGUCCGCGACGCGUAUGAUCCGUCUGGGUUCUUUGCCAGCCGAACGGGUGGUUGGAAGCCAUGA